UCACUAUUUUAAAAUGGAUGAUUCGAGAUAUUAUUUGGAAAAUUGCACGUUUGGAUGUCCACAGCAUAACGACAGUUUUUAUUAUUACGGAAUAAACGAUACAUAUGAUAGCUAUUUCUACGUUGACGUUGACGUCACUUAUUGGCAGGUUCCACAGCUAAUUAUUCUUGUUGCCUUGUUUGUACUGAUCGUUUUUGGCAAUGUCUGUGUUCUUGUUGCCAUUGGACUGUCUCACACCGAAAUGAAAACCAGAAUGAACUUCUUCAUUGUCAAUCUCGCUAUUUCUGAUUUAACAGUUGGUAUAUUUCACGUAAUCGUGGACUUUGUAGAACGAUGCCUUGAAGUAUGGUAUGGAGGGUCGGUGCUUUGUAAAAUAGUUAGGUUCCUUCAG